GAGCUUCUGUCUGUAUUUAUAUUUUCUAUAUUGACUGAGCAUGCGGGGCGGGGCGACGCCACUUCCGAAGAGAAAUACCGGUGAGACGAUCGAGUGAUCGAGAAGACGGAGGAGAAAUUCCGAUUCCAAUUUUUUGAUUUGAUUGCUUCAAUUUUGGGGUUUGAUGCUUAAAGCUUUGCUUGAAUAGAUGAAAAACCAUAUCCUCACGGCUCCAUAUCGCACACGGCUCCUCUCCACAGACACUCAAGGAGGUUGAAGGGGGAAACUAUGGAAGUGUCAGGCAUUUCUAAGAAUAUUAGGAAAGGAUGGAUUGAUCCAGACUCUAAAGAAGAUGACUAUGAGCCAAAUGUUGUGAGAGCCACACACAGACGUUCUCGGGGAAGUAUUAAAAAAUUAGUGAAUAUAACCACUGUGAUGAACAAGUGUGAAGGUUCAUUCUGCAGAAGUGCCUCAUCAUCUCCUAGCAUUCAUUCAGAUCCUUCUUAUUAUGAGGAACAAAGUGAGGAAGAGGAGGAGGAGGAGGAGGAGGUGGAACAAGCGUACAAUCCAGAAUGUUCAUCAAGAAAUAAGCAGACUGUGUUAAGUCGAAAUAAUAAUAAUCAAGCUCACAAUAAGAUAAGCUCACAGAAGCAUGAAUUUUCUCCCUGCAAGAAACAGUUAAGAAGGAAGCCUGCUGAAAAGAGAAUAAGAUACGAAGAGCAAAAAGAGCUGGGGAAUGGUACGAAGUCAGAUGCACAGUUGCAUCAAAAGAGAAGCACUUUAAAGAGGAAAAGGAAAUUUAUGAUGGAUGAAGCAGAGGACGGAAGUGAAGAGGAAUGGGGAAGAAUCAAAACCCCGCGACCAUCAUUUGUUAUUGAAAGAACUCAGAAAACUCAUGAAUUUGAAAGUUCACCUACUAACAGAAGGUCAUUAAAGCGUGCUGCUGCAUCAUACAGAAAAUAUAAUCUUGAUCAUGAUUUUUAUGUUGGUGAGUGGGAUGAUGAAGAUGAUGAUGUUGAUUAUGAUGAAGAUUUGGCCCCAAUAACAAAGACAACUCAGGUUAGUAAUAGUGGUUUACAACAUGAGGUGGUUGCUAUUGAAAGGGAUGAUUCUAAUGUUUAUGACACAAGAAAAAAGAAAGAUUCUAGGAAGUUCUCCUCUAGUUCUUCAUCUUCAUCGUCUUCCUUAUCUUGUUUGACAGUAUCAAAGCGUGACAAGAAGAUUGAUCAUCAGGCAAGAAGGGUUGUACCGUCAGCAAUGUGCCAUCAAUGUCAAAGGAGAGAUAGAAGAGUCGUUAUUGCAUGCAGCAACUGCAAACAAAAUCUAUACUGCAUUCGGUGUAUCAAGCAGUGGUAUCCUGACCUGGCAGAGGAAGAAAUUGCAGAGAUUUGCCCUUUUUGUCGUGGAAAUUGCAAUUGCAACAAUUGUUUACACUUGAGUGGCUUCAUCAGGACAUCAAGAAGAAGUCUCUCCGGCGCUGAAAAGAUUCAACAUCUCUACUAUUUGGUUGAUAAACUUCUUCCCUUCCUUGUACAAAUCCUUAGAGAACAGGGUCUGGAGAUAGAGAUAGAAUCUCUUAUCCAAGGUGUCCAUCCAUCUCUAAUUGAGGUCAAACAGUCAACAUUUUACAAAGACGAGAGAGUGUACUGUAAUCAGUGUUCAACUUCAAUAGUGGAUCUUCAUCGAUGCUGCCCGGGCUGUUCCUAUGAGCUAUGUCUGCGUUGUUGUGAUGAAAUUCGAAAUGGGAAGUUUCCAGGGUGUCCUGUAAAAGAAAUCGUCAAAUAUAAAGAUAAAGGAUAUGAAUACAUGCAUGGUGGUGAGCCACAACCAGAAGCUACUAAUGAUGUAGAGAAAUCAGUGUUAGAUAAUUAUAAUGAAACACCAAUGACUGAAUGGGCUGUCAAAGGUGAUCGCAAUAUAAGCUGUGCUCCUAAAGAAAUGGGUGGAUGUGGAAGUGGUAUCCUGGAGCUCAAGCGUCUCCUUCCAACAGAUUGGAUCUUCAAUUUGGAAGCAAAAGCAAAAAGUGCUUUGAGUAAAUGCAGAAGGCAUGUCUUGCAGACAACUGCCAUUAAUAAAACUAACCCUGAGAAGUUGCGCAGAGCAGCAGACAGAGCAGGUUCGAAUGACAACUACUUGUACUGCCCAACUGGUAGGGAUGCUAUGCACGAGGAAGAGCUUCACCAGUUUAGGAGUCAUUGGGGUAGGGGUGAACCUGUGAUUGUUACAGGUGUCCUUGAGCAGACAGUUGGAUUAAGUUGGGAACCAAUGGUAAUGUGGCGAGCAUUAUGUGAGAACAGAAAUCCAAAAAGCAUCAGUUCAAUUAUGUCAGAAGUGAAAGCUAUUGAUUGCUUGGCUGGGUGUGAGGUUCAAAUUAAUACACGAAAAUUUUUCCAAGGAUACACUGAUGGGAGAAGAUAUGAAAACUUCUGGCCAGAGAUGCUAAAAUUGAAGGAUUGGCCACCUUCUGACAAGUUUGAGGACCUCUUACCACGCCACUGUGAUGAGUUUAUCAGUGCACUGCCAUUUCAAGAGUACACUGAUCCAAGGGCUGGGAUCCUCAAUCUUGGGGUCAAGUUGCCACCUGGUUUCAUUAAACCUGAUUUAGGUCCCAAAACUUACAUAGCAUAUGGCGUCGCAGAUGAGCUUGGGAGAGGAGACUCUGUAACUAAGCUUCAUUGUGACGUGUCUGAUGCAAUAAAUAUUUUAACACACACAACAGAAGUACCUUCAAGUCACGAACAGAGAUCUGCAAUCCAAAAGUUGAAGGAAAGACACAAAGCUCAAGAUGAAAGAGAGGGCCUUGUAAAAAGUGAUUACAUUUCAUGUAGUGACGAAUGUCGAAGAUCAUCAUCCUCAAGUCCUUUUCAAAUUGAGGAACCUAGAGAUGUUGGUGGAAGUGCACUUUGGGAUAUAUUUAGGAGAGAGGAUGUACCUAAGCUGAAUGAGUAUCUUGUGAAGCAUUCAAAAGAGUUUAGGCACACUUACUGUAAUUCAGUGGAAAAGGUUUUUCAUCCCAUUCAUGAUCAAAGCUUCUAUUUAACUUCAGAACACAAGAGAAAGCUAAAGGAAGAGUAUGGAAUAGAGGCCUGGACAUUUGAACAGAGACUUGGAGAGGCCAUUGUCAUCCCUGCAGGUUGUCCUCAUCAAGUAAGAAAUCUUAAAUCGUGCACAAAAGUUGCAGCAGACUUCAUUUCACCAGAAAACAUCAAGGAGUGCAUGCGACUAACAGAAGAGUUCAGGAAACUGCCAAAUAACCACAAAAGCAGAGAAGACAAGCUUGAGAUAAAGAAAAUGGUCCUGCAUGCCAUCAACCAAGCAGUUCAAGAUUUGGAAUGCUUGACAUCUGUCGAGGAAAUUUGAAUAUCACUCAUAAAGCUGUGUGAAUAUUCUGUCCUCUACUCUAUAAAGACAGGAGACUUUGUUUAUGAAUUUUUUCUCUGGAGAUACUUGGAUCUUACAAUGAUACUUGUAAUUGAAAGUGUUUCUAAUCGUAAGAAGAUUAUAUUUCUUAGUUA